GGUGUUGUCAGGUAAAUGUGCUCUGUGGGGUCAUUUUAUCAGCAAGCUGCCCGACGAGGAUCAAAUGAGCCGUUCCCACGGCGAUGGAGGGGAACCAGCAGCACGAUGCUUCAAACUGGUUCAUGAAGAACCAGCUCCAGAGUGUGAUCAGGGACGGCGUCGUCCCGGAGUGGUUCCAUGGGAUCAUUUCCAGGAAGAAGGCAGAGGAACUGCUGAGCUCCAAGCCGGCGGGCUACUUCCUCAUCAGAGUCAGUGAGAGCAGGAUCGGCUACACGCUGUCUAUUCGCGUCGUGGACCGCUGCAGUCAUUUCAUGAUCGACGUGCUGGAGGACGGACAGUACAUCAUCUUGGGGGAGAACAGGAGUCAUCGGCUCCUGCAGGACCUCGUGGACUACCAUCGUAGGCAUCCCAUCAUGCCGUUCGAUCAGGUCCUCACUGUUCCCUGUGCACAGUCCUCAGCUAGCUCUACAGACUACGCAGAACUGCUGUUUCCCCAGAAAGGCCGAGUUCCUGAACCCACCGUGCCCCAGAAGAGUGACCCCCUUUUCACCCAGAGUCCCCCGGAUUUAAAGAAAGAGGGGCCCCCUGCUCUUCCUUAUCGAACUCAAACUCCCAGCAGCUCUGGGCCCCCAGUGGCCCCAGGCAACAAGCUUUACCCGAAUCUGGAAACGAGCCUUCCCGAUGUCCACUCUCCACCAUCAACAACGACCAGGAAGAGAUUCGUAGCCGAUGCCCCUCCAGCGAAGCCCCCCCCCGUUCAAAACCAGCCCUGCGUCCGGACGGUCUCUGCACCUCAGAGUUCCUGCACGCCGCCGGCCUGGGAGCAAGCGCACGCCAACGUCCACUCUGGGAGGAACCACGAAGUGAGGCUGUCUGUGGUCACCAACCUGAAGAACCUGAAGAAGAAAUUCCAAAAAAUGAGGAAUCCGGCUGCAGAGGCAAACCCGGACGCCGCGCAUGAGUAUCAGGAGAUUGCAGACGCACAUCUCUACUCAGAAGUGACUUUAUUAGAGGAUGAGCUGCCUCCAGAAUAUAAUUCACCGCCACCUUUUGCCCCAGGUUUCUGAUCCUUGGGGGUCCAGAUGCCCCCCAACACAGAUUGUGUCCAUUUUUCUCUGAAAAGCAAGCUGGAAGCCUCCCGUUUAGUUUUCUGGGCCGCUGUCGUCUAAACCGGCCAUCAAAUGGCACGUAGAAGCUAACAAUAGAAGUCCAUGCAGCAGCUGCUUCACGCAUCCCUCACACUCAGCCCUGCAUGCUCUGUGCAAAUCUGGAACUGGUGAAACGGGUAAACAAAGAUUUAUAGCCAAUGAAUGUUGUCACAAAGCUCCCUUCCUUUCGGUGCUCUUCCCCAACCCUGUGUGUUCAGCAGUAAACCAUAGAUAUGUUGUGAAUGUAGGGGUUUGGGAAAGCGCUGAAUGGAUCAUGACUGAGUAAAGCUGACAUGAGACUCAAAGUAAAACACUGUUUUUCUAUUUCUAAAGGGAAAAUGUGCUCACUGAUGUUAUCCCACAUGUACUGGAAGUGUAUGUCUACUAUGUGACUUUAUUUUAAAAAGUCAAAAAGCUGUUCCCAUGUUUAGAAAUCUGAUUGAUCCCAUAAUACUCAAACCGUGAUCCUAACAGACAGAUGUCUGCUCAGACUUGUUUUGACGGAAGCAUUCUCUGUUAAGUGUCUGUGAAAUGUAUUUAAAUCUUGACACGUCAAUUGAUUUUUGCCAAAGUUUCAUCUCUUGGUAUUCAAGUAUUUUCCUUUUCAAUAUUUUGGUUAUUAAUUGUUGAAUUAGUGGAGUUCUGCACCAUCAAACACAUGCAAUACACCCAUAAAUGUUGACCUUUGCCCUCA